AUUGGCUUAUCUCAAUAAAUGAAACUGUACUUGCUAUUCGCUAUCAGAUAGUAUCCUCGCCCCCAAAUCACAGAAUCCAAGCCUCGUGCGGCCGUGCACGCAAGGCUGAUGAUGUCCAUGAACCCCACCAAGGCACAACAUCUGAACAUCCUCAAUCUUCUAUUGCUUCACUCUCAGAACUUCGCGAUCGGCAAACCAUGACAUCAAAUUACACACCUUCCUACAGCCCCUCAACCGCACCCUCCUACUCAAUACCACCCCCUCCAUCAUCCUUCACUCCAAAUACCACUACAACAACAACCUUCCCCUUCCCCCGCCACUACUCCUUCCCACCCUUCUUCACCGCCCAAAAGAACCUCACAACCCACCAUGCCCAACUAACAAAAUGGUCAUCCCUAAUCCUCUCCUACUGCCGACACCACAAGAUCUUCAAGCUCUCCCUCUCCGAAGCCCUCGACAGCGAAUUGUUCUAUAAUAAAGCGAUAGGGAAACGGUUGAGUCGCGAGGAUGCGAAGGAAGUGGUCGAGUUCAUGCGGAAGGAGGGGAGGGCGGAGUGGAUUGUUGAUGGGAAGGGGGGAGGGAGGGGGACGGGAGAGGGAAGUGUGUUCUGGGUUUGGUGGAGGGAUGUGGAGGAGUGGGCGGGGUUGAUUGCGGAGUGGGUUGACGAAACGGCUCAGAAGAAUACAGUGUUGACGCUGUAUGAGUUGACGGAAAGUGAGGCGACGAUAUCUCAAGAUUUCCAUGGUAUGGAUCCAGACUUAUUACAAAAGGCUUUAGGUGUGCUGGUCAGGCGAGGAAAGGCACAGGUAUUCGGACAGGAGGAUCAACAAGGUGUCAAAUUUUUCUAGGGAUUUGGUUGGUGAAUUCAUUACCAUGUACGAGAUGCAUCGGGAAGGAGUUUAUGAUUUGAGACGCAUGAUUCUAUUGUUACUAGAAUACCCGAUGUCCCUUAGGACCUUCAUGACCCGUUCCAAAUACAGGGUAUUACCAUACAAAAGCCGUGACUGCGUGGGCUCCAAGAACAAGUACAAUACAGCAAUCAUUGAUAGCCUGAAGUCAACUACUUCCUCGUGACCAAGAAAUUGUCACUCCACUUAUGUUGUUGGGCCAUGGCAACAUCCAAGAGCCAUUCCA